ACCUACGUGAUUAGGAUGAGUGACCAGUCCAUAGAUAAACCACCAGACUUCAGUGAUAGACCAGGACCUUCAGACUCAGAGAGGACGAGGAGUGGUGUCUUUGAGGAAGAGCAGCUGUCCUGCUGUCCUUUGUGUCAGGACGUCCUGAAGGAUCCAGUCUCUACCAGCUGUGGACACUGGUUCUGCAGACGCUGCAUCAGCUCAUACUGGGACCAGUCUGCUUCAUCAGGAGGCUCCUCCUGUCCCCAGUGUGGGAAAAGACCCAGAACCAGAACUGGACUGCAGACAGCUGGUCAGAGCAGAACUGUAACAGCAGAUGUUGGUCUGCAGGAGGUUUUAGAUGAACAUAAAAUCAGUCUGAGGAGGAGAUGUGAACAUGUGACUGAAGGAACUGAUGGAACAGGAAGUAGAACCCUCCUCAACAGGAUCUACACUGAGCUCUUCAUCACAGAGGGACAGAGUGAAGAGGUUAAUACCCAACAUGAGGUGAGGCAGCUGGAGACCGCUUCCAAGAUCAACACCCUCCAUGACACUCCAAUCAGGUGCCACGACAUCUUUAAAGCCUUACCUGACCAACAUGGACCAAUCAGAGUGGUUCUGACCAACGGCGUCGCUGGUGUUGGAAAAACCUUCUCAGUGCAGAAGUUCACUCUGGACUGGGCAGAGGGCUUGGAGAACCAAGAUGUCAGUGUGGUGGUUCUGCUUUCAUUCAGGGAGCUGAACUUGAUCAGAGAUGAUCAGUACAGUCUUCUCCAGCUGCUCCAUGUUUUCCAUCCAACAUUACAGAAGAUCCCAGCAGAGCAGCUGGCUGUCUGGAAACUUCUCUUCAUCUUUGAUGGUCUGGAUGAAAGCAGACUUUCUCUGGACUUCAACAACACUGAGGUUGUUUCUGAUGUCACACAGAAGUCUUCAGUCAACGUGCUGCUGACAAACCUCAUCAAGGGGAAUCUGCUGCCCUCGGCUCUCAUCUGGAUCACUUCCAGACCUGCAGCAGCCAAUCAGAUCCCUCCUACAUGUGUUGACAGGGUAACAGAAGUACGAGGCUUCAAUGAUGUCCAGAAGGAGGAGUACUUCAGGAGGAGAUUCAGUGAUGAAGAGAUGUACAGCAGAAUCAUCUCCCACAUGAAGACAUCCAGGAGCCUCCACAUCAUGUGUGGAAUCCCAGUCUUCUGCUGGAUCACUGCUACAGUUCUGGAGCACAUGUUGACCACAGAGCAGAGAGGAGAGCUGCCCAAGACCAUGACGGACUUGUACUCACACUUCCUGAUGGUCCAGACAAAGAGGAAGAAGAACAAGUACCAUGAGGGACAUAAGACGAGUCCACAGGAGCUGAUGGAGACUGACAGAGAAGUUCUUCUGAAGCUGGGGAGGCUGGCGUUUGAACAUCUGGAGAAAGGAAACAUCAUGUUCUACCAAGAAGACCUGGAGCAGUGUGGUCUGGAUGUCACAGAGGCCUCGGUGUUCUCAGGAGUUUGUACUGAGAUCUUCAGAAAAGAGUGUGUGAUCUUCCAGAAACCAGUUUACUGCUUCGUUCAUCUGAGUGUUCAGGAGUUUCUGGCUGCAGUCUACAUGAUGCACUGCUACAUCAACAAGAACACAGAGGUGGUGGAGGAAUUCCUGGGCAACGACAAUGAUGAAGGUGAUAAUGAAGAUGAUGAUGAUUAUGACGAUGAUGAUGAUAAUGAUGAUGAUGAUGAUGAUAAAGAUGAAGAUGAUGAUGGAUUCAUCAUUGAUGAUCAUAGUGAUGAUGAAGACGAUGAUGAUGACAAUAAUAGUAGUUCAUCGAGUGUUGAUGAUGACGAUACCGAUGACCCUAACAUAUGUUUGGAUGUUUUCCUGAGAAGAGUCAUGAAAAAAUACCUGGAGAGUAGAAACGGACACUUGGAUCUGUUUGUUCGCUUCCUUCAUGGCCUCUCGCUGGAGUCCAAUCAGAAACUCCUAAGAAUCCUGCUUGGUCAGACAGACAACAAUCCAGAAACCAUUCAGAAAGUCAUCAGAAAUCUAAAAAAGAUGAAUGACUGGGAUAUCUCCCCUGACAGACUUAUCAAUAUCGUCCACUGUCUGAUGGAGAUGAAUGAUUUCUCAGAUUUUCAGGAGAUUGAAAAGUUUCUGAUGUCAGAUAAAAGAUCUAUGAAGAAACUCUCUGAGAUCCAAUGUUCAGCUCUGGCCUAUGUGAUGCAGAUGUCAGAGGUUCUGGAUGAGUUGGACCUGAACAAGUACAGAACAUCAAUAAAGGGAAAACAAAGACUGAUUCCAGCUGUGAGGAACUGCAGGGAGGCCCGACUUUCUGACUGUGAACUGUCAGUUAUACACUGCAACACUGUGGCUGCGGCUUUGAGGUCAAACCCCUCCCCUCUAAGAACGCUUGAUCUAAGUAAUAAUUACCUGGAGGAUGCAGGAGUGGAGGUACUGUCCACUGGACUGGAGAAUGCACACUGUAAACUGGAAACUCUGAGCCUCAUAAACUGUGAAAUAACAGCAAGAGGCUGUGCUUCUCUGGGGUCAGCUCUGAAGGCCAACCCCUCUCAUCUAAGAGAGCUGAAUCUUAGUGACAAUAUGCUGGAGGAUACAGGAGUAGUGCAGCUGUGUGGUUUUCUGGAGAGUCCACAGUGUAGACUGAAGAUUCUGAGAUUGAGGGCUUGCGGAUUGUUAGAGAUCAGCUGUCUUCCUUUGGUCUCCGCUCUGAAGUUCAAUCCGUCCCACCUCAUAGAACUGGAUCUGGGUCAGAACAAACUUCAGAAUUCAGGGGUGAAGCUGCUUUGUGAUCUUCUGGAGAAUCCAUAUUGUAGACUGGAGACUCUGAGGGUGAGUAAGUGCCAGGUCACACACGAAAGAUGCUAUUCUUUAGCAUCAGUUUUUAAAUCCAAAACCUCCCAUCUAAAAGAACUGGACUUGAGUCAAAAUAAGCUGAAGGAUUUAGGUUUGAAGCAUCUCUGCACUGGACUGAAGAAUCCUAACUGUAGACUGGAGACUCUGAGACUUCAAAAGUGUGGGCUUUCGGAAAUCACCUCUUUGGUUUCAGUUUUGAAGUCCAGCACAUGCCCUCUUAAAGAAGUGGACCUGAGAGGCAAUAAGAUGCCGGAUUCGGUAGAGAAGGAGCUGUCUGAUCUCAUGGAGAGUCCAUGUUGCAGACUGGAAAAGCUCAGAUUUUCCAGUGCUGGGAGUUCUGUCGAGUUGACUAGACUCAAGAAAAGUGAAAGGGCUGGUGUGAUGGAAGAUAAGUCCGACUGCUCGUCAGAUCCGACAAUACCAAUCAUGCCAGAGGACAAAGAGAUGUUCAAACAGCAGAAGCUUUUGGGUAGUGACACUCUGACUGUGCCAGCUCUUUGGAAGGGUGCUCAAACUGAACUACUGACUGAGUCUGGAAAGCCAUUAUACAGACUAAGGUCUCCAGGUCCAGGUACGGUCCGGUGUAAUUGGACUGGGCUGGUUUUUGUCCUGACUCGUGGAGCGGAGCUGCAAUACAGAACAGUCCAAUGGGAUGAGAACCAGCUCCAAUCAUCUGGAAUGAUACCUGCAGGGCCGCUUUUUGAGAUCAAGUGUUCUGAAGAUGCGGUUUGUCAGCUCCACCUUCCACACUGCGAAACAAGUGAUGCUCAUCUUUCUGAAAGCCUGUCUGUUGUCCACAUCUCUGAUGAUGGGAUGAGCCGCCUCAAGCCGCUGGAGAUCACGGACACUCAUGUGGUUGUCAAUGUCACUCAUCUUUCUGCCUUUGGCCUUGUCAUUAAUUUCCUAAAAAGGCUUUGGAACAACACAAAACCAGUUAAGGGCCAAGUCUUGCUGUUUCUUCGACCACCAAAUAUCAAAACAAAGACACAAAACCUCAACGUGUUUCUGCUGCCAUGCAAUGUCCCUGUGGAAGAGGUCAAAGCACGACAACAAGGUUCCGGUUUCAUUCAGGCACCCUCCAACUGUAGACUCAUCAAAGAUCGGAGUUACACUGUUUACUGUUCGGAGGCUCUGAAAGUCCAGCCGAAGAAAGCAGAUUUUGACCUGGACUUUGGACCGAACUACCAUCCAACGUUUGAGAUCCGGCUCCCUACAAACACAGAAGAAGUGGCUGUGAUGGUCCGAGACCAAACACAGAUGAAAGUUUGGGAGCACGAAGUUUAUUUGACUGAUACUCUUCAACAUGAAGAAAAUCUACCAACAGUUCAGAGUGACUCACCAGAGCAGAGGUUGUUUUCGGUUCGGACUAGAUUUAUUCAAUCAGUGUCGGAACCUACUCUAAAACAGCUGCUGGAUAAACUUCAUCAGGAAGAUGUUAUAAAUCGUGAAGAGAUGGCUACUGCCAAAGCAAAAUCAAAAGCUGACAUGGCUCGGGACAUUAUUGAUGUAAAAGACAAAGGAGCAGAAGCCAGUCAUUGUCUGAUUGAUUCCCUCCGUCAGGUUGAUCCACGCCUUUUCCGAGCCCUGAACCUGAGCUGAUGCAGAAAGAAGAAGUCAUGAUUGAGAUGUCAUACAUGGUCUACCCUGGAACAGCCUUGUAAAUCUUACGUUUUUGAUUUCCACACUUUCAUAAACAUAGAGACUUUCUGUCUUAUUUACCUUCACUGGCAUCAGAUAAACCUUCUCAAUUUCACGAAUUAAACCCGGAAAGCUUGAAAACUCAAAUAGUAAAUGGACUGUACUUAUAUAGCUCUUUUCUAGUCAUGUUGACUACUCAAAGCACUUUAAUCUACAUGUCACAUUCACACACACUCAUGUGAUUAUAUACUGUGCUUUUUCCUUUCUCACACAUUUAUACCUCGAUAGACACAUCGGGAAGCAAUGUGGGGUACAGUAUCUUGCCUGAGGCACUUUGGAAUGUAGUCAGGGGAAGCCUGGAAUCAAUUCAUGACUUGCCGGUUGGUAGACGACUGCUCUUUCUCCUGAGCUACAACCGCCUUAAGUUACAUAAAGCUGAGGCCAGUUUGGUUGUGAUCUAACUUUUCUCAGACAUCUGGUGCCUCAUUUAUAAAACUGUGCGUAGCAAAACAAACUACAGGGGGCGUCUGCGGCGCACUUCAACUUUCAGAUUUAUCAAAGCAUGUGCACGCACGUCCUACGCCUGUUUCCGUUUAUGAAUCAGAAUAAACUCUAAAGCGGACACACGUGAUGGAACGUCUUCCGACGCCCACAUGUUGGCUAUAAAUGGUCAGGUGGACACCUGUAAUACAUAUUCAUCACAUCAUUUCCAUGAAAGGAAGCAAUUUUUUUCAGAAUGUAAGAUCCUGAUGGACCAUGUUGAAAAAUGCUAAAAGUUUGCAGGGUACGGUGUGGGUAUUACUUGUGUCAGAAAGGCAGAGGAGUGCAGCAUGUGGCAGAUUCUGUCAUCGCAGUGUCAGAAGGCAAUAGUGAUGUGCCAUGUGCAAAAGAGCUGGCUCUUAGAGCCACUGCUUUGUAGUGAAUCAAAAGAGAAGGUUCCCAGUUUGUUUGUUUAUUUUUUUUUUGUGUUUUUUUCUCCUUUUGCUGGGUGCUUAACAUUCAGUGCUCGGCCCCUGUAAUGCCCACAGCACCGCUUAGUUUGGAUUGGCCUGCAUGGACAGGCGGCCAGUCACAUGUGAGGAUAUAGGAUCAUACCAUUAUGUGAAAAAAGAAUGGGGGGGGGGUGAGACAGCAGACAGCCAUGAGGAGAGUACGUAAGUGCGUCGUGUCAUCAAACCCCACUCACAGAGAGGAGAAACUGAACCAGCCCAUCCAAGAUGAGGCAUCUUAUUUUU